AUGGAAAUGUUUGACGUAGCUAUUAUUCUUGCCGAUCGCUACAAGAUCUAUGUGAAUGGUCAACCUAUCAAAGGCAAUAUUCUUCCGAUAAAUACAAUUAGUAAUGGAUUUGCCGAAUUUGAGCUUGUCUGUCAAUCAAUUUCUAAUACAAAUGAACACGAUGUUUUAGGUAUCGUCGGACCAACAAGCUCUACAAGUGCACGCUAUCUUGGUCCAUUUGCGGCACGUAUAGGUAUACCACUUGUUUCUUACACUGCAACUAAUGCUGAUCUUGAUGACAAAUUAAACUAUCCAACAUUCUAUCGUACUAUUCCUUCGGAUAUUCUUGCGGCUGAAGCAAUUGUGAAAUUAUUUAAAUAUUUUUCAUGGAAAACUUGUUCAAUAAUUAUUGGAAAUGAUGAUUAUGGUUAUGGUGGAUUGAAACUAUUAGCAGAAGGUCAUUAUACAAAUUUGACGAUUCAAGAGCGAUUAAUAUUUGAUCCACGAAUUGAUAAAUUUCAAGCUGAUUUAAAGCAAACCUUAGAAAAAGGUCGAUCUCGUAUUGUACUAAUCUGGGCUAAUCAUAGUGCAUCUACAAGAAUUAUUCAACAUGCACUUCAUGCACGUCUUCUCCGUGGAAAAUAUGUAUGGAUAACGACAAAUAAGAUUGAUUUCAGUACAUUCAAACAAGACGAAUGGCUUAGUUUAACCGGUAUUCUUACUGUAGUGCCUUUCAUAGGUAAUAAUAGUACCUUUGGUGUUAAUGAAACUUUACAAAAAGAGGCUUUCGACAUUUGGCGUAAUUUGUCACAUGGUAAAAACAAUCUUCCGGAACUUCUAUCUUCUAUGAGUUUAGAAGCAAUGUAUACAUUUGAUGCGGUUUGGGCUUUAAUUCAAGCAUUGAACAAAUCAGUGACUAACAAUAAAUCACCAUCGUUGAAGAAGUCAUUAACUUGUUUUAAUAGUUCAUUACAAAAUCAUGACGAGUAUCUUAAGUAUUUAAAGAAUACUAGUUUUUUCGGCGUUUCAGGAUGUAUUCAAUUUUCUAACAUCAAUUCAAAUGACCGUAUUCAUGGUGCCAGUUAUGGACUCUACAAUAUACAACCGUCGGAAUCGAAAAACGCUACUGGAAAAGAAGAGAUAACCUAUAUAAAAGUAUUGGCAUGGUAUGAAAGAACUCGUAAUUGGACAAAUUCUACUGAUGAAGACAAUAGUUAUAUCAUCUGGCCCAACAGUGACAACACAAAAGUACCAGCUGAUUAUCCACAACUUCAAGGACAACAUUUGCGAAUUCUUGUCAUUGAAGCACCUCCAUUCGUUAUAGUACACAAUUCUUCGGCUCAAAACCCAACCUCAGGCGGUGCUAAAAAUUUUGAACAAAUCAGACAUCGUUCUGAUCCUCUGAAAACAAAACAUCCAGGAGUUCUUAUUUACGGAUUUGUUGCUGAUUUCAUUUGUGAACUUGAGAGACAAAUGCAUUUUACUUACACAAUUAAUGUAGCUGAUCCAUCAAUGGCCUAUCAUUCUCUUGUUGCAUUAUUAGCAGAAGAUAAUCGUCAAUAUGAUAUUAUUCUAUCAAAUAUUGCAGCAACUUCAGAUCGUAUGCUUAAAGUUGACUUUUCAACACCCUUUCAUGAAGAUACAUUUCGAAUCAUUACUCGACUAAAUCCGUAUUCCUCGUCGCUGAGUCUUUUCUCGUGUUUUAAUCCAUUUACUUGGGAUGUAUGGGCGGCAAUAUUUGCGGUUAUGAUUUAUUCAAGUAUUAUUAUUUAUGUUUUUGAACGGCAUAAUAGAGACACGGAAAAUAAUCAAUCUAAAUUAAAGGCAAUUUUAAUUGGCAUAUGUAAUGGAUUGACUAGUAUUUUAAUCAUGAAUGGCGAGCUACGCUUAACAACGAGUUCGAGUCGAUUAACAAUUUUAGGUUUAUAUGCAUUAGGUAUCAUUCUUGUUGCAACAUAUACAGCUAAUCUUUCAUCUUUUCUUACGUUAAAUCGUGGUCAACCAUUUAUUUCAGGUAUUGAUGAUAUCAAAAAUGGUCUUUUACCUUUUUCACGCAUCGGUAUUGUGACCAAUUCAUCGAUAUCCGAUUAUUAUAUACGCAAUAUUUCUACGAAAUAUUAUGCUCUUUCUAAAGUUGAAGAGAUAUACACACGAUUACUUGAUUAUACAAUUGAUGCAUCCAUAUGUGAUUCAUCUCUAAUUGAAUAUGCUGUCAACAAUUAUUAUUGUGAUGAAUUAACUGUAACUGGUGUUGGUUUUGUUAAAUCAUCAUUUGCAGUUGUUUUACCUAAAAAUUGGCUAUACAAGACAGAUUUAGAUGUUCAUAUUUUGGCACUACGUGAAUCACAAAAGCUAGAAUCAAUAGAAAAUGUGUGGAUGAGUCAUCAAACAUGUUCAGCAUCACUGUCAUCAUCAUCAAGCAAUUUCAAUCAAGAUGACAAUUCGAAAAGUGAAACGUUUUCACUGAAUGUCUUAGGUGGACUCUUUCUUAUAUUUCUUAUCAUAACUGCAAUCGCUUUUGGCUUUCAUAUAUGCCAUUGUCGAUUAACUAUCAUGAGCGCAUUUCAUCAGACUAUAAAACGAAUAAAAUUAUCAAUACGAUAA